AUGAAGUCCGCCAUUGCUCUCGGUCUCCUUGCUGGCGCUGCCAUGGCCAAGCCCCACGGACACGGCCACCUUCACAAGCGUCAGGUCACCGUCAUCGAAACUACAGUCGUCGAGGUGACGGCCACCAUUCUCGUUGCUCAGGACGGAGCCCGAGAGACCGUUGCUCCCGCCGUCCAGCCCACCACCGACGCCAAGUUCUUCGAAGUCUCCUCCUCGACCUCGAGCCCAAGCUCCUCUGCUCCUCCUAGCACCACCUCUAUUCCCACUACUACCUCUACAACCUCCACCACUUCGACAAGCAGCACCUCAUCCAGCUCGAUCGUCGUCAUCCCCUCCUCCUCGACCUACGUUGCCCCUAUCCCAACCACCAGCAGCAUCGUCAUCGAGAUUCCUACCACUACCAUCGCUCCUAUCAUUCCCACCACCACCUCCCAGGCCGCGGCACCCACCUCCUCCGCCUCCGCCCCUGGUGGUGGCAACUCAGGCGCGACACUGAGCGGUGACGCUACCUUCUUCACCCUUGGCCUUGGCUCUUGCGGUACCAACUAUGGUGGACAGGAUAUGUCGGCGAACGUUGUCGCGGCUGCCGCUGCUUAUUAUGAGAAGCACCCGGAUGCCUGUGGCAAGUCCAUCACCAUUACAGCUGUGUACAAGGGUGUGACCAAGACGGCAACUGGAAUCAUUGGCGACAAGUGCCCCGAGUGUACCGAGGGGUCCAUCGACCUUUCCGAAGGUCUUUUCCUGUCGCUUUUCCCCUCCAAGGAUGUUGGCCGUGGCCAGGUUACAUGGUCCGUCAACGAGUAA